UCUGAAGAAAAAUUUUAUCCAAUUGAAGUUUUAGGCGAUUUGCAGGAACAUUUUAAAAAUGUUAAAUCUAAUUUAAGUCAUAAUCAAAAUUCUGAUACUACUGGGCAUGCAUCACGUAACUUUGAAACGAUAGUCGUGCAAACGAUACUACAAAAACGAUGUCGUCAAAACACUGAUUCAUGUAUGUUCUAACUAUCGCAUCGUCUUUCUUGUCGGCUAUCGUUUUUCAUCAACAGUUUGAAAAGCUGUCCAUGUGUCACACAAAUUCUAUUAUUUGAAUAUUAAAACGCCAAAGAAUUUAAAUUUUUUAAGAAUAAAUACAAAAAACAUGUAAGCAUUAAUUUAAAUAUACAUUUAUACUAUUUGAGGAAAUUGUAAAUUUUACAUAAUUUAGGUCGGUUACACCAGCGCAAGUUGAUUUGAUGACGAGUUUCAUGAACGAGCAUCCAGAACUAGCAAAAGGUUAUGUCCCAAGGAGUGCUCAAGGGAAAGCCGAGCUCAAUAGAUUAUGGACCGAAUUAACUGAAAAUUUAAACGCUUCUGGACUUCCCAAUAAACCCAUAAACUCAUGGCGGAAGGUAUGGACAGAUUUAAAAUAUCGGGCGAAAAAAAGUGCAGCCACAAUAUUGCAUCACUGAAAAAAACUGGUGGGGGGCCAUCCGAAGAAAUUCCUUUGACGACAGCAGAAGAAAAGAUUAUAAGCUUGACCUCGAUCAAAGAAGCUGUGAGUGGUAGCAGUUCGAACUGUUUUGGUGCACCACAACAGUUGGAGAAGGAUGAUGAUUACGUGGCUUUCAUUGAGAUCGACGCCAACGAAGAAGUGGAAGAAGUGGAGUUUUUGAAUUUAAAUACGAGCUCGACAAAGCUUGUCGACAGAACGACAAAGCGCCCAAAAAGAAAUGAAACCGCUGCUGAGAUUUUGAAAAACCAAAUGUUAUCAGACCAAGAUUUUCAGACAGAAUUUUUAAAUAUUAUGCGAGAUAGGAACGAGGAUCAAAUACGGUUUCACAAUCGCGUUAUUGAUCUCCUUCAAGAGAAGAACAACAUAGCAAAGGAGCACCUAGAAUUGAAUAAAAAUAUGUGUGGUUAGAGUGUAGCUCGUUAAUAUGGAUUUGUAGUAUACACGUAUGUGCAUUGGGGUGGUCCAAAAAUGCAUACGAAAAAAUUAAAUUCGGAAUUUAAUGCUCUCACCCCUAUCAUUGUUCUAU